AUGACGAUAGCAUUUAAUCUCCAGGUGGUAUUCCUUCAUCGCAGAAAGGUCUCCUCUUUUUCGGAUAGAUGGUACAUUCCUGUUGCCCUCAUGGUCGCCAUCAUAAUAAACAUUCCACCCUUGGUAUAUGAUCGUUUCGGAUACGACUCUAACGAACAGAAAUGCCUUUACCGAGGUUUAAACACAAAAGAAACGCAGAUGUGGGUGCUCUGGACCUUUCUCGUUCCAAUUUCCUUUGCGUUGAUUUAUUGCACAACAGUUCUCGUAAUCGUCAUGUGCAAGUUGAUCUUUGAACAUCGAAAAUUGGUGGAGGCAGUUCACAUACAUAGCAACGCGACGUUAACUGUUAAAGCGAAAAGGAAAAAAAUAAUUUUAUUGAAAUUGGUUGGUCGUAUCGUUAUGUAUGCCGCAGUUCCACUCGUAAAUGUUACGGGCAUUGUUGUUGAAUACGUUUGGAUGAUAGCUCAUGCCAAUCAGAAUGUACCUCUAUGGAUUAUUUAUUGGGCAAUUGUUGGAUCAUGUUUACCAGGCUUAUCCAACUUUAUUGCAUUUAUUUUCGACCCCGCUAUUCAUAACGCUUUACGAAAAGUGAGAAGGGACCUUAUUGAUAAUUAUGGCUACGAGAAAUCAUCAUAUUUCACCCACAGCAGUCCACCCCUGUCACCGUCCGAAGCAUACUUUCAAAAUUUUCCUCGAAGAAAUUCACAUCCUAUUCAUCUUCCAACAACAACAACAUUUUCUCCUUCGCCUACAAAUUAUCCUCCCUCAACCCCCCGUCCACUUUCCCUUCAUCUAUCUGUUUCCCCUAAUUACACCUCCCCUUCACGUCGUACAUCCGCGAAUUACGGGAUUCAGAAAAAAAAAGAUAACAGAAUCUUACAAUGGAUUGUUCGUGCUUUCUUGGAUACAAAAAAAGAACCUGUAAGUUUUUCAAUGUUGCAACCGAGGUUUGAAACAGUUGAAGGAUACAACGCAGCAACUCAAAAUAAUUCUGUCAAUACUUUGCCCGGACAAAAUUUGGACAUCAAAAAUUCUAAUGAUUACAUUUCACAAGAUUUAAAUACAAUUCAAACUGACAAGAGGACAUUCGCUAGAUGUGUAUCCAACGAACAGACUCGAGAAUCAAUUGAUCAAAUGGGACGUGUUUCUACAACAAUCGCAUACGAUGUCAAUAAUCCCAACCCUUAUUCAGAUACCAAUACAUUAACAACCACCAGUAAUUGUUCUGGUUUAGACUGCCCAGUCAGCAUACGGAUUCAUCCUCCGCCUGACAGUGUCACUGGUGUAAUAGAAAUAGGUUCGUCGCGGAGAAGUAAUCGAUCUGAUUCUAUAACUUCUGUUGUAUCAAGAGAUUCAGUCGAUAAUGAUUUGUCAAUUUAUUAA